AUGGCAGCAGGAGUAGCAGCGUGGUUGCCCUUUGCCAGGCCAGUGGCCAACUGUCCUAUGCCACUGGCUCCAACGGAGAAAAACAAGAGGCAGGAUGAGCUGAUCAUUCUCAAUGUGAGUGGCAGACGUUUCCAGACCUGGAGGACUACACUGGAGAGAUACCCGGACACUCUCCUGGGCAGCACCGAGAAGGAGUUCUUCUUCAACGAAGACACUAAGGAGUACUUCUUCGACCGGGACCCUGAGGUCUUCAGGUGCAUCUUAAAUUUUUAUAGAACUGGCAAGCUGCACUACCCCAGGUACGAGUGCAUCUCUGCCUACGACGAAGAGCUUGCCUUCUAUGGGAUCCUCCCUGAAAUCAUUGGGGACUGCUGCUACGAAGAGUAUAAGGACAGGAAGCGGGAAAACGCGGAGCGGCUGAUGGAUGACAACGACUCGGAAAACAACCAAGAAGGGUCCAUGCCAUCCCUGAGCUUCCGGCAGACCAUGUGGAGAGCCUUCGAGAACCCCCACACCAGCACCUUAGCCUUAGUCUUUUACUACGUCACCGGUUUCUUUAUCGCUGUCUCUGUGAUCACCAAUGUCGUGGAAACUGUCCCUUGUGGCACGGUGCCUGGGAACAAGGAGCUUCCGUGUGGGGAAAGAUACGCCGUGGCUUUCUUUUGCUUGGACACGGCUUGCGUGAUGAUUUUCACGGUUGAGUAUCUCUUGAGACUCUUUGCGGCCCCAAGUCGCUACAGAUUCAUCCGAAGUGUGAUGAGCAUCAUCGACGUGGUGGCCAUCAUGCCGUACUACAUCGGCCUGGUGAUGACCAACAACGAGGACGUCAGCGGAGCUUUCGUGACUCUAAGGGUUUUUAGGGUUUUCAGGAUUUUCAAGUUCUCUCGCCAUUCCCAAGGCUUAAGAAUCUUGGGCUACACUUUGAAGAGCUGUGCCUCUGAGCUUGGCUUUCUCCUCUUUUCCCUCACUAUGGCAAUCAUCAUCUUUGCAACUGUGAUGUUUUAUGCAGAGAAAGGGUCCUCGGCAAGCAAAUUCACCAGUAUUCCUGCUUCCUUUUGGUACACUAUUGUAACCAUGACAACACUGGGGUGA